GACAAACAUGCAAUGAUUCAGAGUUUACGAAAGAGAAGCCUGGCAGCUACCUCCGAAGUCACGUCAAAGAAACCUUUCAAACGGAAACAGCCUCACUGUGCCGAGUCAUGUGCUACCUUGAUGGCGUAUGCAUGUCCUAUAACUAUCAUCAAACAUCCGGCCAUUGUGAAAUCAAUGAUUCUGACCACCUUCAGUAUCCCAAGGACCUGGUCAAAAAAACUGGAUUUACGUAUGUUGGAACAAAGAAUGUCUGCGCAAGUAAGCCUUGCCCUGCAAUGGAUAUCUGCCAGACGGGUGUAAAUUCAAGGGAGUACACAUGCAUUAAGAUAGUUACCCUGGGUAGCAAAGAACGCCCUGCCAAGUCUUGUUUACACAUUCUGGCCAAUGGCUUUUCAUAUGGAUCUGGUGUUUACGUACUCGAUCCGGCCAACACAGGGAAACCAAUCGAAGCAUACUGUGACAUGACAACUGAUGGAGGUGGCUGGACCAAAAUCAAACGACUCUACUUGAAAAACCCGUCUUCACUAGAAAUAAAGGAUUACAACACCUAUCGUAUCAUUGGCCAGUACAACAACAACGACAGAAGUGUCCUCCCAACUUCAAAGGCUUUGUUGGAUAUUCACCAAAAGAUGGGGUUCCAUCAAAUCCAUUUCUAUUGUUACAAGAAAUCAGUAGGUAGAGUCGUGAGCAUCAUGACCAAAAACGAUACCGCUGGCCAACAUGUUAUACAUUUUUUCAUGACUCUAGGAGAGGUCUCAUCAGUUUUUCCCACUGCAUGUGGCUCGUUUGAUCGACUGCCCGAGGACACGUCUAUUCUGGCCCAAAACUGUUCUCUUUGGGGUAAAAUAAACAGCACUA